GGACGAUGGGCAACGGGCUGUGCUCCCGCAAGCAGAAGCGGAUCCUGCAGACGCUGCUGCUGCUCACCGUGGUGUUCGGCUUCCUCUACGGCGCGAUGCUCUACUACGAGCUGCAGACGCAGCUGCAGAAAGCCGAGGCGGUGGCGCUCAAGUACCAGCAGCACCAGGAGUCCCUCUCCGCCCAGUUGCAAGUUGUGUAUGAACACAGAUCAAGAUUAGAGAAAUCCUUGCAAAAGGAAAGGCUUGAACAUAAGAAAGCAAAGGAAGAUUUUCUUGUUUACAAAUUAGAAGCACAAGAGACACUAAAUAAGGGAAGGCAAGAUUCCAACAGUAGAUACAGUGCGUUGAAUGUUCAGCAUCAAAUGUUAAAAAGUCAGCAUGAGGAGCUGAAGAAGCAGCACAGUGACUUGGAGGAGGAACAUCGGAAACAAGGAGAAGACUUCAGUAGAACAUUUAAUGACCAUAAGCAGAAAUAUCUGCAACUCCAGCAAGAGAAGGAACAAGAACUUUCUAAAUUAAAAGAAACCGUGUACAACUUGAGAGAAGAGAAUAGACAGCUAAGAAAAGCACAUCAAGACAUACAUGUACAGCUUCAAGAUGUCAAGCAACAGCAUAAGAAUUUACUCUCCGAGCAUGAGCAACUUGUAGUGACUUUGGAAGACCACAAGAGUGCACUAGCUGCUGCACAGACGCAAGUUGCCGAAUAUAAACAGCUGAAAGAUACUCUGAAUAGGAUCCCAAGUUUUCGAAAAACAGACCAAGCAGAGCAGCAGAAUGGGACCCAGGUGGAGCAUUCUCCACAAGGUGACAGUCCAGCAAAGGAGAUGGCAGCUGGAGAACAGCAGGAGGUGCCUCAAAAUAGAGAUGUAUGGGAGAAGCAUGACACACUUCCUGAAAGAGCUGAAGAAAAACCUUAUCCUCCCAACUCAAAGGAAGCUGAAUUUCAGGAUCCAGCCAUGAACCCACAAGAAGUGGUCUCAAGAGAACCAGAACAGCACCAGGUAGAAGAGGAGCAGAGAAAGGCCCUGGAAGAGGAGGCCAUGGAGCAAGUUGGGCAGGCUGAGCACCUUCAGGAAGACCAUGAGCCCUCACCUGUGGAGCACCAGCAAGAGUGGAAGAAGCAGCAUGAACCACAAGAAAGAGUCAACACUCUAGAAGGCCGGGAUCAUGCUGAGGUAUAUUCUUCAGUCAGGCCCAUUCACGAGUUCCAGUCACCCUAUGAGGAGCAGUUGGAGCAGCAGAGAUUGGCAGCGAGGCAGGCAGAGGAGGCCCAGAGGUUGAGAGAACACCAAGAGGCUCUGCAUCAGCAGAGGCUCCAGGGGCACCUGCUGCGACAACGGCCACAGCAGCAACUCCUUGCCAGAGAAGUGCCUCAGCAGAGACAAGUUGGGCAUGAGGAAGGGCGGCUGCAGCAUCCUGAGCAGCUAAGGCAGCAAGCUCGUUAUGAUGCUAUGGAUAAUGAUAUUGUUCAGGGAGCAGAAGAUCAGGGUAUCCAAGAAGAAGAAGGUGGUGCAUAUGAGAGAGACAACCAGCACCAAGAUGAGGCAGAAGAAGAACCUGAAAAUGAACAUGAUCCUCAAGAGCAAGGACUUCAUGAAACAGACCCUGAAUCUGAGGCAGAUAGGGCAGCUGUAGAAGAUAUAAACCCUGCAGAUGACCCCAAUAAUCAAGGAGAAGAUGAAUUUGAGGAAGCUGAACAAGUGAGAGAAGAAAAUUUACCGGAUGAAAAUGAAGAUCAAAAACAAAGUAAUCAAAAGCAAGAGAAUGCAGAAAUGGAGGACCAUUUGGUGAUGGCAGGAAAUCCAGACCAGCAAGAGGAUAAUGUUGAUGAGCAGUACCAGGAAGAGGGAGAAGAGGAGGUUCAGGAAGAUUUAACUGACGAGAAAAAAAGGGAGUUGGAACAUAAUGGUGAAGAGACUUACGAUGAAAACGCUGAUGAUAAUAAAAACAAUGAGAGAGAAGAACAAGAAAUUCGAGAUGAGAAGCACCCCAAAGGUCAAGAGGCAAACUACUUGGAGGAUGAAGAGGAGGAGGAGGAUGGGGCUGCUGUAGCUGAGAAGUCACAUCGAAGAGCUGAAAUGUAGAUGUGUCUGAUAUCAAACCUCGUUCAGCCAAUGGAUUUAUUUCAAGCUGCUCAAAAAUAAAUUCGCCUACUGAACUCUAGGAUAUUUAAUUAGAAAAAUUAUGACUUUAGACUUUUUUUAAACUUUUAUAUUAGAAAUGCUCAUACAUUUAUAUGAAUAUAUUUUGAUAACCUAGGUUAGAGCUUCUUUUUAUAUUCAGCUAAACAUGAUCGGGAAAAAAAUAACAAAGCAAAUAGGUUCUGAGUCUCACUUUUCCUAGAUUAUGGAGUGUUGGAAAGGACAUAGAUUUUAUAUAUGUUUCAAACUUGUUACUUUUCUAUCUUAUUUCCUAGGUGUUGUGUUGUUUGCCUUUGAAACAGUACAGGGUUUCAAAACAGGAAUACCGCCAAAUGCUGUGUAAACUUUAAGAAGAAUAACUUGUUUACAGUCACUGCCUUUCUGAGGUGCUUGUGUGAGGUUGUGAAAUAAUUUUCACCAGUCUUUGUAACUGUGUCAUGAAAUCAACUUAAAGAAUGAUAUGUGAUUGGAGAGAGGUUUUUGUUAGUGUGGCCUUUUUUUUUUUUUUUUUUUGUUCAGACUUUACAGAUCAUUACAAAACAUGUAUUGUUUUACUUAAAACCAGAAUGUUCUUGACCGGAAUAGUACUUAAAAGUUAGAAGGCACUAAAACUUACUACAAUAUCCUGGGCUUAGAUGUUUUAGUAUUCAAACAAGUUUCUUCCCAUUCAUAAGUUAACCUUUUAAAAAGUACUGAGAGACUGUUAAUGAUUAGUGUGUAUGGGUAGUGAUUUCUAAGUCAAAGAUCCAUUCAGAGAUUCUCCUCACACCCCUAAAGUCACCUAGUGACAUUCUGGUUUCAUUGUCAAAUUUCCUACAGUAGUAUAUCCAUGUGUAUUUUUUUUUCUGGUAGCUGUGUGCCUAGAAUGUAAUCACUUUAAUGAUGAGUAUGAAGGUAUACCAACUUGUACAAUUAAGUAGUGCCAUUCUAAAAAACUACAAUCUACACAUGGCAAUCUGACAGGCACUUGUGACUUUUCUGUUUACUAGGAUUGGCUCUGUGUUAAAUCCUCAUUGAAGACAUUUGAAUGACUUCAAAUUCUGAAGUUUCCUUGAAAUAAUAAAAUUUCCAUUAAAGAAACAUAUUUCAUUACCAAGCAUAAAGAUAUUUAUAUACAAAUAAAAUGAGGUUAUAUGUCUGUGGCUGAAAUAUUACCAAAUUAAUAAAAGC